CAGAGGCAGAACUAUUUAUGUGUUCGUGGUGUGCCCUCUUCAUUUCAUCUUCUACUCUUUUCCUUCCACUUCUAUUCGGUCCAUUUUGGAACAGAUUCUGUACAGAAAUCUUUUAAUCACCUUCUUCUCUCCGUCUUCGUUGUUGUUACUUCGCCACCAUGACCUCACUGGAACCUCAGGAUGAAACGAUCGAGUGGCCUUCGAGCAGAGUUAGGGAAACAUUCUUGCGGUUCUUCGAAGGGAAGAACCAUGUCAAUUGGAAUUUCAGUCUUGUCGUUCCCCUCAACGACCCUACUCUUCUCUUCACUAACUCCGGCAUGAACCAAUUCAAGCCAAUCUUUUUAGGAACUGUUGAUCCCAACACUCCCAUGGGUAAACUGAAACGUGCCUGUAACACCCAAAAAUGCAUUCGAGCAGGAGGGAAGCACAAUGAUCUCGAUGAUGUAGGGAAAGAUACUUACCACCAUACCUUCUUUGAGAUGCUUGGAAACUGGUCGUUUGGGGACUACUUCAAAAAGGAGGCAAUUGAGUGGGCAUGGGAGCUUCUUACAGAGGUGUAUAAGCUACCAAGAGAUCAGAUUUAUGCCACCUAUUUUGGUGGUGAUGAAAAACUUGAAAUCGCUGCUGAUAAUGAAGCAAGGGAGAUAUGGAUGAACUUUUUGCCCCCUGAACGUGUACUCCCUUUUGGUUCUAAGGACAACUUCUGGGAGAUGGGUAAUACUGGUCCUUGUGGCCCUUGCACUGAAAUCCACUUUGAUAGAAUUGGUAACCGAGAUGCUGCUCCAUUGGUCAACAAGGAUGAUUCCACAUGCAUUGAGAUAUGGAACCUAGUGUUUAUUCAGUUCAACAGGGAAACUGAUGGUUCUCUAAAAUCUCUUCCAGCAAAACAUGUUGACACUGGGAUGGGUUUUGAACGGUUGACUUCUAUUCUUCAGAAAAAGCUGAGCAAUUAUGACACCGAUGUAUUUGUGCCCAUAUUUGAUGCUAUCCGAAAGGCAACAGGAGCUCAACCAUACUUGGGAAAAGUUGGAUCUUAUGACGUAGACAAGGUUAACAUGGCUUACAGGGUUGUGGCUGACCACAUAAGAACUCUUUCAUUUGCAAUUGCAGACGGUUCUUGUCCAGGUAAUGAAGGUCGGGAGUAUGUUCUAAGAAGAAUUCUUCAUCGAGCUGUUCGAUAUGGAAAUGAAGUCCUAAAAGCACAAGAAGGAUUCUUAUGCGAGCUUGUAAGCAUUGUGGUGAAAGUCAUGGGGGAUAUCUUUCCAGAACUGAAGCACCAUGAAGUAAAUAUAAGACACACAAUUUCUGAAGAGGAAAGAAGUUUUGGGAAGACAUUAAUUAAGGGAAUUGAGGAGUUCAAGAAGGCUGCUCAGAAUGUUCAAGGAAACAAACUGAGUGGGCAGGAUGCAUUUAAAUUGUGGGACACAUAUGGAUUUCCAUUGGAUCUGACUCAGCUAAUGGCAGAAGAAAAAGGUUUGAUAGUUGAUAUGGAGGGCUUUAAUAUUGCCAUGGAUGAAGCAAGAAUAAGAUCUAGAAGUGCUCAGAACAGGCAAGCUGUUGGUACGAUCACUAUGGAUGCUGAGGCCACAUCAGAGUUGCCCAGGAGGGGAGUGGCUACAAGUGAUGACAGCAGAAAGUAUAUAUGGAUCCAGGAUCACAAGAGUGUAAUAAAAGCUAUUUACACUGGUUCCAAGUUUGUGGAGAGUACUGCUUCUGGCGACGAAGUUGGCAUAAUUCUAGAAACUACAAACUUCUAUGCUGAGCAAGGUGGACAGAUAUUUGACACUGGAUUGUUUGAAAGCUCAACAGGAUCAUUUCAAGUUUCCAAUGUUCAAAUUUAUGGUGGUUUCAUCCUCCAUAUUGGUUCUAUUGUUGGAGAGACUGGCAUGUUCUCUGUGGGGGAUAAAAUAAUUUGCAAAGUUGACUAUGAUAGACGUGCUCUUAUUGCCCCAAACCAUACCUGUACCCAUAUGCUAAAUUAUGCUCUCAGGGAAGUACUUGGUGAUCAUGUUGAACAGAAGGGAUCUAUUGUUCUUCCUGAAAAAUUAAGAUUUGAUUUUUCCCAUGGCAGGCCCGUCCAUCCUGAUGAUUUGAGGAAGAUCGAAUCAAUUGUAAACAAACAAAUCAUGGAUGAGUUGACUGUUUUUGCAAAGGAGGCAACCCUUGCUGCUGCAAAACGCAUAGUUGGUUUACGAGCUGUAUUUGGAGAAGUCUAUCCUGACCCAGUCAGGGUUGUGGCAAUUGGACGAAAAGUGGAAGAUCUCCUGGCUGAUGCAGAUAAUAAAGAUUGGCUAUCAAUCUCAACAGAACUUUGUGGAGGGACACAUGUAUCAAAUACAAGAGAGGCUAAAGCAUUCGCUCUUUUAUCUGUGGAAGGAGUUGGUAAGGGCAUCCGAAGAAUUACUGCUGUAACAACUGAUUAUGCUUUCAAGGCAGUGGAGUUAGCAUGCUCACUAGAUCAGGAGUUAAAUGAAGUUUCUAAGACAGAAUUAGGCUUGCUAGAGAAGAAAGUGGCUUCACUAAAAAGUCGUGUGCAGUCCGCGGCUAUCCCAGCAGUUAUGAAAGCAGAUCUUGAUGCCAAGAUCUCCCAACUGGAGGAUCAAGUUAUUGAAGCACAAAGGAAGAUCACACAAGAAAAUAUUCAGAAGGCUACAAAGGCAGCAUGUGAAAUGGCAGAAAUUGCUGCUGUAAAAGGAAAAGCUUUCUGCAUCUCUUGUGUAGAUGUUGGUCUAGAUGCAGGGGCAAUUCGAGAAGCAGUUCUUAAAACUGUGGAUCAGAAGGGAAUACCAGUUAUGUUAUUCAGUAUAGAUGAAGCAUCAAACAAGGCAGUGGAGUGCGCCAAGGUACCCGGAAAAUUAAAUAAGAGUGGGGGUUUCGAAGUGUCCGAGUGGUUGACAAUGGCCAUGGGACCUCUCAACGGGAAGGGCGGUAGUGGAAAAAGUGGUUGUGCUCAAGGCCAGGGAACAGAAGCAUCACAUGUUGAGGAGGCAAUGGAUGUUGCAACAACCUUUGCAUCUAUGAAACUGAGUGGGUAACUUAGUGUGCUGUUUUUUGCAGCUGAAGAAUGGCUAGUGUCUCACAGUUAAUUAGUUGAUGUUGUUUUAACAUAUUCUAUUAAUUCAGAUAUUUGUAGCAGAAAUUCAGUAAAUGAAAGAAGUAAAAUAGAAAUGGAAUAUUCAAUUAGUUUAUAGUAAAACAUGUUACUUUUUCCUCCUUGCGUAAACACCAAAGGAAAUAUUGUAUGUAUGAAACAUGUUUAACUUAAAAAAAAAUCCUUUUUUUUU